AUGAGGACGCGAGGGGCGGGCAACAGGGCAGAUGGGAAGGCCAACACUGCAGCUUCCUCCUCCUCUUCUGCCAAACGAGCGAAGCUGGUGGCCGCACUCAACGGGCACCAGCAGGGCGAGGGCGAGGAGACGGUGGGAGACGAGCACCGGGAGAAGGAGCAGGUGCAGCGGGACGUGGAGCGUUCGUUGAACAGUUUCUUCCGGGGCUCCGAAGCCCAGCGCGAGGCCAAGCGGCAGGAGCUCGCGCGCGUAAUCAACGCCAUCCUCGCCACCCACCCCGAUCUCUACUACUACCAGGCACCCACUCCCGCUCUCUCACUCUCACCCGACUCUCACUCAUCUGACGGAUUCCACGAUGUGGCGACGGUGUUUUUGCUGCUGGCGGGGGAGGACCGCGCCUAUGCCAUGCUGGAGCGGGUUGCCCUCAACCACUUACGAUAUCCUUUCCGCCGCGUGUGUCCGAUGAACGCGACUCUAGAGAGCACCACCCAGCUGCUUUCGCUCCUCCCGCACCUCAUCUCCUUUGCCCAGCCGGGACUACACGCCUUCCUUCUCCAAUCCGGGGUGGAGCCCUACUACGCGAUCUCGUGGGUGCUGACGUGGUUCGCGCACGACGUGGACCAAUGGUCCACCGUCACGCGCCUCUACGACGCCUUCCUGGCCGCCCACCCCAUGCUCUGCCUCUACCUCGCCGCCGCGCUUGUCGCCCGCUCCUACCCGGACAUCCUCCACCAGGAAUGCGAGUACCCUGCGGUCCAUUCUUACCUGAGCCAUCUCCCCGAGCGAUACCUCGCCCAGCCGCAGGACGUGGAGGAGCUGAUCGGUUCGGCAGUCGAUCUCAUGCGACGAUUGCCGCCCUCGGCCCUGCUCGCCCGCGCCCAAGGCUCGAUCCCGCCUAACUCGCCGUUCCUGGCCUACCCGUUCCCGUGGAUGAAGAACACCACCCCGCAGUGGCGGCGCUUGCUCAUCGGGCGAUCGCGUUCUGCCGCCCUCGUGCUUGGCCGAUUGCUGGCGGCGGAGGUGGGAGAGGCGCUCUACAAGUACACAGCCCUGCUCGUCCUCUCCCUCUUCACCCUGCUGACCCUCUACGUCUUCCACACGAGCUUCUCCUGA